AUGCCUGAAAGCACGGCAGGGCAGGAUCCAUCCUCUCUGCGGCCGCGAUACAAUCCGAUAAUUAACGUGACCAACUCGAAUCCAGUGAUAGUAGAGGAACACCUCGAGGAUAAGAAACAUCUCUUCCUCAGCCGCCCUCUCUUCGGGGCUCUCUUAUUCGAGAACGUUGCCUCCGAUGCCCGAGAUCACUGCGCGAAUGAACGCACAUUCCUCUCCUGGCUCCGGCUAUCCAUGUACCUCGCCGUUGUCUCGAUAGCGAUCAUCAUUUCGUUCCACUUCCGCUCUCAACCAACGAGUCUUGAACGCCACAUGGCCCUUCCGCUGGGAAUUAUCUUCUGGGUUUUGAGUCUGGCGUGUCUUGUGAACGGGUUCGCGAACUAUAUCCGGACGGUAGUGAAAUAUAGUCGGAAGGCGGCCCUGGUGCAGAGUGGGUGGAAAACGCAGCUGACUUUUACUCUGCUUGGAGUGGUGAUUCUAGGCAGCUGUAUCUUGUUUAUUGCCACUGGAGCGCAGACUAGACGUUAG